CCUAAUCGAAUUAUUAUUUACAAAAAUACUCCAAACUAAAAAUCAACCAUUUCCACUUUAAAAAAAAAAUAUCUCAAAUAAAUACAAAUUCUAAGCAUCUGUAUCUUUUAGAAAACGAAUCAUCCAUGAAUUGAAUACAGAAUAUAAACUGGGAAUGUUUUGUAUACAACAAUAGAAUUUGGGAAUAAACCGAUAUCAUGAAAAAAGAUGUACGUAUACAGCAAGAAACGUUUCAAAUUUAUGGUACAUCUCCAGCACCUAGUCGAGACUAUCAUGGAUUAAGUAUAACACAUGAGCUUGUAACUUUAAACUCAUGGCAUAUUGCGCAUGGGCCUUAUGUGUUUCCAAAAGUUAAAAGAUGCAGUAUCGAGGAUUAUCCAUUUGACAAACUUUUACAAACGGAUAUAAUCAAUGUCUUUGGAGAUCAUUUACAUUUUUAUAUAAUGGAUUUAGCAACUGGGCAAUACACAUUAACUACAAUUCCAAAUAAGUUAAUGUUGAAAAUUUUGCGUAUGUUGUCGUACCAUGACAUUUUAAGGCUGUCAGAGACAUCAAAAAUGUUUUGGGAGCUUUGUAAUACAAACACUGUAUGGAAGUUAAUAUUUAAUAAACGUAGAAAUUUCCCAAUGAGUCGUGAAGAUUUUCGUCAAGGUGAAACUGUUGGUUGGAAAUCUGUAUUACGUUCGAAACUACAAAAUCGUGUCAUUCAAUCACUGAAACAAUCGAUGAGGGGAACGUUUGUACGACCAUUUGCUAUAACAACAGAAUAUACGAAACCAACACUGAAUUACAAUUUUAAACCCCAAGUAAAAAAAUCGAUUAAUUCAUCAGUAACAACUCCAACCCUAAAAAUGGUUACAAAUCGUAAUUUAAAACCAAGAGUUAAUGAAAAAUCUGCAAUUAAAGCACCACUGAACAAAACAAAAUCGUUGAGCAAUGUAAAAUCAAAAAGAAUUCUACGUACUGAAAUCUCUAAUAACACGAUAAAUCAACGAAAAUCAAUAAUGGAUAAAUCAAAUAUGGAUAUAAAAAAUCAAUUAAAAAUACCAAAGGUUUUGAAUUUCAGUAAAUCGACUAGUAAAUUAAUUGAUCAAGAUAAAUUAUAUUCAAGUACACUGAUAUCGAAAAGUGCCAUGUUACUAAAGAAGACUGAAACUAAACAGAAGUCCGAUUCUCAAAAAACUAAGCAAACAAUUUCGAAAUUUACCAAAUAGUUUUGUAUUUUGUAAACUGUAAUUCUUUGAAUAUAUUGUUGUUUCAUGUUUAUAAUAAUGUUUUAUGCAUUGUGUAAAAAUUGAUAUAAUUGGGUCUGUUUUGUA